UACUCCGUCUUUUUCCCAAUUAAAUAAGACAGGCUAUAUACUUUAAAAAUAAAAUAUUUAUAAAACUUUUAAGACCGGCUAUAAUUAAGAGCUGCCUCCUGCCAUUGUUUUCCCAGCAAGAUGUCUGUAGUCACAUCUUGAAAUCCAAAUUAAAGAUUUUAAAGAAUUUUCUGAGCUCACUCACUAUAAUGGCCUGGUCUGCUGUGACAUCUGCAGUAACAACAAUUGGCAAGCUGCUAACUGAGGAAGCCAUAUACCUAUGGGGGGUGGAGGAGCAAGUUGAUCGUCUGCAAACAGAGCUCAAAUGGAUGCAGAGCUCCUUAAUGGUGGCAGAGACAAAACAAUCAACGGAUGAGAGGAUUCACCUUUGGGUUGCUGAAAUCAGAGAGCUUGCUUAUGAUGCUGAGGAUGUUGUCGAGGAAUUUGCUCUCAAGAUUGGCUCCAAAAACAAAGGUUGUCUUACGUCAGCCUGCUGUUUGAAAGAGGGAUGGACACUCCACAAAACUAGGUUAAAGAUCGAGAAAAUCAUAGAAAGAAUCAACGACUUGGUCCGACGACUACAGGCCUAUGGCGUAAAGGAAUUAAAGGACGGAAAAGAAGAAUCAAGUUCUUCAACUGAAAGGCGAGAAUCAAGACGGCCUUAUCCUCAUAUUAUGGAUGAUAAUAUUGUUGGACUGGUUGAUGAUACCAAUGAACUGGUCUCAAUUCUUAAGGAUCAGAGAAGUGAAUGCAGCGGGGUUGUUUCAAUAUGCGGCAUGGGUGGUCUGGGAAAGACUACUCUUGCCAAAAAAAUAUAUCAGCAUCGUGAGGUUAUUGGUUAUUUCGAUCACUUGGCUUUCGUAUAUAUUUCUCAACAAUGCCAGAGAAGAAAAGUUUGGGAAGACAUUCUAUCUUGUUUCAAAAAAUUAGAUAGAGACGACAGGGAGAAGAGAGAUGAAGAAUUAGCAGAGAAAUUAUUCAACAUUUUGAAGGAUAAAAAAUGUCUGGUGAUACUUGAUGAUAUUUGGACCAUUGAAACUUGGGAUAAUCUAAAACCUGCCUUUCCAGUUGUAGGGGACAGCCAUAGCAAGAUAUUGCUCACCUCUCGAAACAGUGGAAUAGUUUCAAAUGCCGACAAAAGAGAGUUGCGCUGCCUAAACAAUGAACAAAGUUGGGAAUUGUUUCAAAAGAUUGUAUUUCCUCAAAGAGAUUCUACAGGAAAUACAAUCAGUGCGGAAAUAGAAGAGCUAGGAAAGAACAUGGUUAAAAUUUGUGCAGGGCUUCCAUUAGCCAUUGUUGUAUUGGGAGGAAUUUUAGCUACAAAAAAUAAUUCAUUAAACGAAUGGCAAAAGAUAUCUGACAAUGUGAAAUCAUACUUGAGGAGAGGCAAAGAUCAAGGACCAGAGGAUGUGUUAGCAUUAAGUUAUGAUUAUUUGCCUCUUUAUUUAAGACCAUGUUUCCUCUAUCUAAGUCAUUUUCCGGAGGAUUAUGAGAUAGAUGUGGAUAGAUUGAUUCAAUUAUGGGUUGCUGAAGGUAUUGUGUCAGUAAAGCAAGAAGAAAGAGACGGUGGGGAAAUUGCGGAAGAUGUGGCGGAAUCUUAUUUAAUGGAGCUUGUGAAAAGGUGCAUGAUUCAAGUACGAGAAAGAGAUGUGGCAACCUUAAAGGUCAAGACGAUUCAGAUGCAUGAUCUGAUGAGAGAUCUUUGCUUAUCAAAGGCAAAACAAGACAAUUUUGUCUUCAUUGUUGAUAGAUCAAAUGCAUCUUCAUUAUCUAUGAUUCUGAAGGUUCGUAGGGUUUCUGUGCAUGAGUUUUUUUUCAUACAAUGCAUUAAAAGUCCAAAUAUUCGGUAACUUUUGUUCUUUAAUGAUUUCUUUCCGAAGGAGGCAUUAGAAAAAUCUAUGCUAUUGGAAAUGUGGAAUUACAUUGAAAAACAUAAAGAUGAAGUUUGGAAUCCACUUGUUUGGAUUCUGGUGACUUCGGUAGUUUGUAGCGACCUUUUUAAAGCUUGGGGAAUUUGGAGAUACAUGUUCAACAACUUCAAAUUGCUAAGAGUCCUAAACUGUGAGCUAAGAUCUUAUAAUUUUGCAGGGUGGAAGUUACCUAGUGAUAUAGGUAAUCUCAUCCAUUUAAGAUUCUUGAGUCUAAGGAGUUUUGACUUCAAAUGGUCAAAGUUUCCAUCAUCUCUAGGCAACUUAAGGUGCUUGCAAACCUUGGAUUUAAGAGUUGAAAAGAGAAGAAUUCAUGUACCUAAUGUGAUAUGGAGGAUGGAGCAACUAAGACAUUUAUAUCUCCCUCGCAGAUGUAAAAGCAGAACUAAGUUGAAGUUGGGUACUUUGAGAGAACUCCUAACACUUGUGAACUUCAACACCAAGAAUUGUUAUCUGAAGGAUCUUAUCAACAUGACAAAUCUUAGAGAGUUGGUGAUGAAUUCGCCCUUCAAUAUUGAAAAUUUCAAUGAGGAGGAGUUGGGCAAGAAUCCACCCAUAAUCGGAAGUAAAUAUCUUCAUUCCUUGUCUAUUGUUAGCAAUUGGAUAGCCAGACCAAUAAAUCCAAGACAUUUGGCCCACCUCCUCUCAGGUUGUACAAGUAUUUGCAAGUUGCUUAUAGAUGCAAAGAUGAUUGAGAUGGGUGAGUUACCAGAGUAUCACUACUUCUCUUCACAUCUCGCUUACAUACAUUUGAAAUGGUGCAAGUUUGAGAAAGAUCCAAUUCCAAUACUAGAGAAGCUACCUAACUUAAGGAUUCUUGAAGUCGAAGGAAGUUUCGGAGUAAAUGAAAUGUGUUGCUCUGCACAGGGUUUUCCACGACUUGAGUCUCUAAGACUUCUGAAUGUAGGCAAAUUGGAGGAGUGGAAGGUGGAUGAAGGAGCCAUGCCUUCUCUUCAGCGAUUGGAGAUUGCGGAAUGCAGAAAGUUGAAGAUGCUUCCAGAGGGAUUGAGGUUCAUUACAACCCUCAAAGAACUGAAGAUUGAAUCAAUGCCAAAGUCAUUCAAAGUUAAAUUGGAGGAAGGAGGAGAAGAUUUAUACAAAGUCAAACAUGUUCCUUCUAUCAUAUUCCAAUAGUGGAACUACUAGAUUGAUUGAUAAUUGAGAGGUAAAGACGCCAUUUUUUCACCUGCUACUGCUAUUCACUGGUUCAAAUCUAUAUUUAAAACUCCAAUUAUUAGUAGCGUGUGAAAGUGUGUUACAUGAUAUGGUAUUGGAAGAAUGGGAGGCGUCUGGAUUAGCAAGAUAAGGAGACGUCACUGACCUUUGUUCCGACAUAGCCUUGUUUUUAUUUGUUUGGGUUGCGGUGCUUUCUUCUUUUUUCUCUACUUAAGUUUGCUCGAGUCUUUCUCUUUUUAUUAUAAGGGUAAAUUAUAAAAAUAGUUACUUUUGUUUGUUUUAGGUUACAUUUUAGUCACUUAUGUUUGAAAUGUUACGUUUUAGUCAUUUAUGUUAUUAUUUUGUUACGAAA